AUGCAGCCUGCCGUCUGUGCCCUGCUCUGUGCUCUACACUUGGCCUGGACUUUUCCAAACUCCACGCCUGGACCCUCUUCAGGGCCUGUGGUUUUGGAGCCCAAGCCAGUGGACAGUGCAGACCCCCAGGUGCUUGCGUCCCCCGGGUGCCCCCCUUGUGAUCCCUCUCAGUGCGGCCCUGCGGUGGGCUGCAGAGCUGGGCUGGUACGGGGCCUGUGUGGCUGCUGUGAGGAGUGUGGGAACGUCCUGGGACAAAGCUGUGACCCGGGGCCAACACCACGGCUGCACGGACUCUGUGGCACCGGCAUGAGGUGCACAGUGGACCCUCGGCCAGGAGCGCGCUCAGUAGAGGACCAGGAUGAGCUGAUAUGUGUUUGUGAUCAGCAAGAGGCACUGUGUGCCAGUAAUGGAAACACCUACAGAAGCAGGUGCGAGUUCAGGGAGGCACUCUUCUUCAACCCUCUGCUCAAGGUCAAAGGCAAAGGCCCCUGCAAAUCAGCAACCAUAGAGUGGAGAAGGGACGGCCAUGAGGGGGCGCUGCCUGGGGAUGACCCGCACCUCUCUGUGCAGUCCAGGGGCGGGCCUCUAAAGUUCGAGCUCUCCAGUUGGCUGCAGAUCGAGGGGGCGGGACUUGAGGAUGCAGGGACCUAUCAAUGCGUGGCGCGCAACAAACUGGGGGCAGUUUCGGCAUCGGCCCAGUUAACGAUAUUGACCCGAGAAGACUUGUCGUCAUAUUUGGCCAACAGCAUCUCGGAGAUGCACCAGCUGCUGGAGCCGGACUAUGACCAGGACUUGUACUGA